UUGUCAAUGAUUACAGCUUGAUCAUUCUUCUUUUAAAUAGUUUACCAAGAUACAAUCACUUGUUCUUUGAUUCAAGAAGCGUUGACAUUCAGAGUUUUGUCUGAAGCAAAAUGGCGGUUUGGUUUCAAAGAAUCUUCCUGUUGCUUCUCGUUUCUAUUUGCGCCUCUUCAGAUUUUCUUGAAAAUUCAGACUUUGAAUCUCCACCAUUAAACUUACCUUCAAACGCAAGCUCUAGCGAUUUCGUGUUGCUGGAUCAGAACACUACACUCCCUGGAUGGACAUUCCAAGGAACAAUACAAUAUGUUACUUCAACUGACAUGCCUGAUUUCGGACACGCGGUUCAACUAGGUGAAGAUGGCAAGAUCAAUCAAACAUUCAUUGCCAAAGGUGAUGUUCUGAACUACAUCCUCACAUUUUCACUGAUCCCCGGAGGCCAGAACUGUUCCAGCUCUGCUGGUCUCAGUGUCUCGGGACCAGACAGCAAUGCUGUUUUUUCAUACAUGCAUAAGUACAGUAAGGUUUCAUGGCAGAGCUACAGUCAUAACUUGGGUAAAUGGGGUAAUGGUGAGCCUAUCAACCUAGUUCUUGAAAGCCAGAUAACAGAUUCUGAAUCAAACUCCACAUGUUGGCCUAUUGUUGAUACAUUGCUCAUCAAGACUGUUGGUGUAACACUGGAUCAAGAUAGUGGUAACCUCUUAACCAAUGGUGGAUUUGAAUCUGGACCCGGUUUCUUACCCAACUCAGCCGAGGGAGUUCUGAUUGACGCAGUACCAAGUCUGAUCCAGUCAGCAUUAACGCAGUGGUCUGUCAUAGGAACAGUCAGAUACAUAGACUCGAAACACUUCCAUGUCCCAGAAGGCAAAGCUGCGAUAGAAAUUCUGGCUGGCACAACUCCAUCAGGCAUACAGACAGCAGCAAGAGACACAAGUGAAGGUUCAAGAUACAACCUCACAUUUACAUUAGGAGAUGCCAACGAUGCCUGCAUAGGACAUUUCAUUGUAGGUGUUCAAGCUGGAUCCGCAGCUCAAAACUUCACAUUAGAGAGCAAAGGGACUGGCUCUGGUGAGAAGUUUGGGUUAGUGUUUAAAGCAGACGAAGCUGCAGCGCAGAUAAGUUUCACGAGCUACUCAGUCACAGUGACAAAAGAGGAUGUUCUUUGUGGACCUGUGAUUGAUGAAGUGAACGUACAUCUUCUUGGUGGAACAGCCUCGGUGAAACCCACAUGGCUGCUACUUGUUUUCGCUUUGUUGUAUGUUGCAGUUCUCUGAUUACAUCUGUUUGGGAGAGAUGAGAGAUCAUAAACACAUUUUUUUGCAAGAAGUGUGAACACAAUUGAUUUAUAUCGUUUGGUACUCAAAUGCAUUCUUCAUAGAAACAGUAGUUAACAAUAUUAGUAGAGAAAGAUAAUUUUUUCUUCACCGUCUUACAUAAGCCCCAGACUAGGAGGAACCAUAAGACCAUGGUUAAGUCAUUGGCUCGGGUGUAGACGAAGAUUUGGUCGGUUUUCCCCUAUGAACAGACCGUGGAACAAAGGUCAGCCCACGACCAUGGCGUCUCCCAAAGCUGACAUUCGACGGAGUUGUGUCUGAGGUGGUGAGUGUUGACAGUGCUGAGACAAGACCGUCAACGCUGGCUUUGUCCUCCACUUCCAUGGCGUCUGAGGAACCUUCUUCUUUGUCUUCUUCAUGCUUUAGCUUUGAUACAUGUUGCCUCUGAAGUUUUUCUCUUCGCUUCUUUGAGAGUUGA